GAAGGUAUAUAAAAAUUCGUAAACGCGUAAAAUAAAGCAACUUGCAAUGGGUUCGUUUUUUCGGAAUCAAGACACUCGCUCUAGAUCGACAAAAGAUUCUACUUCGUGCUUACCAUGGAUAGAAAAAUACCGUCCAAAGUCCUUAAACAAUAUAAGUGCUCAAGAAGAAACUUUAAUUACCUUGAAUCAUUUUAAAGAUAGUUUACCUCAUAUGUUAUUUUAUGGCCCUCCGGGUACUGGGAAAACUUCUACAAUCUUGGCACUUGCACGUGAAUUAUUCGGUUCAGAACUGAUGAAAUCUCGUGUCUUGGAAUUAAAUGCUUCGCAUGAGCGUGGAAUUAGUGUGAUCAGGGAGAGAGUAAAAAACUAUGCACGGUCAUGUAUUGUUGGCGAUAGUGAUAGGAAUAAAUGUCCAGGUUUUAAGAUUAUAAUUCUGGACGAAGCCGAUUCUUUAACGAAAGACGCUCAAGAGGCAUUGAGACGCAUAAUAGAAAAAUACUCUGAACUCACUCGGUUUUGUCUUAUUUGCAAUCAAGUAUCGUGUAUUAUUCCUGCGUUGAAAUCUCGUUGUACAUUAUUUCGAUUCAAGAGCAUAGGCACUGAAAAUAUGAGAAAUCGCCUUAGUUAUAUAUGUGAACAAGAAGGAAUCAACUAUUAUUCAGAGGCGCUAGAUGAAUUGAUUAAAGACUCUCAAGGAGAUCUAAGAAAGGCGAUUACUUGGCUCAAUAAUGCAUCUAAACUUCACAAGAAUGAUCGAGUCACAGUCGAUACAAUUAAAGAAACUGUCGGGAUUGUACCGGACGACAUAAUUAAUGACUUAAUUGAAAGUGCUGCGAGCAAAUCUUAUGAUAAAAUUCAAGAAACCGUAAGUAAUGUCAUUGCAUCUGGAUAUUUUGGAAAGCAAAUAAUAGAACAGGUUUUCUUUCAGGUUCUUCAAGAUUUACGAUUUAGUGAAAAUCAUAAGUGUAAUAUAGGAGAAAGUAUAGGCAUAGUAGAUAAACGAUUAGUUGAUGGAGGUAGUGAGUUUUUCCAAGUUCUUUCUUUGUUGUGUAAAAUUUCUGAAAAUAUGAACUAGAAAUUGCUGUCAAAUGUUCAAAAAAAUUAUUGAAUAAGAAAUAUAUGCCAAAUUAAAUACG